CAGCCCCAGGGAGCAGGAUGGACAAGUUCCGUGCGGUGUUUGACUUCUGCCUUAAUCACCAGAAGGCGCUGGGCUAUGGGGCUGUCUCUCUGUUGACGGUUGGCAGCGAGCGCAUCUUUUCUGCCGUGGUGUUCAAAUGCCCUUGCAACUCCUGGAAUAUGCUCUACGGCCUGGUCUUCCUCUUGGUGCCAGCCCUUAUUCUGUUUCUGCUUGGCUUGUUGCUCAGUAGCCAGUCUUGGAAGAUACUCACCGGAAGCUGCUCCCCCGGCAGGCUGUGCAAGUGCCCUCACGGGACCCGAUUCCGGCACUACUUGAAAGUGCUGUGGCUGGUGACUGUCAGAGCAUCUGCUGCUCCCUUGACAUGGAUUGCUGUGGCCUUACUGGGAAGCCGCUUCUACGAGUGUGCUGCUACUGGGAGCCCCGUAAUGCAGGCGUACAUGUGCGAAGGCAAAGGGGGUGAGUGUGUUAAGAAAAUGCUUCAAGUGCCUUGUCAGAGUGGCACUCCUACCUCGGAGAUGCAAGAUAUGCUCAUGAGCCUUCAAGCACAGUCUCAGGUGCUGGGGUGGAUUUUGAUCGCCAGUGUCUUCAUAUUGGCCCUAGUUUCUACAUGCAUCUCCCGUUGCUGUUCUCCAGUCAGUAUUCUCCAGCUUGCCUUCUGGAAAGUGUACCUGGAGCAAGAGCAGCAGCUUUUUGAGCAAAAGGCCAAGGAUCACGCAGCGAAGCUGGCAGAGAGGAACGUCAAAUGCUUCUUCGAUUCCACGGAACUGGACGAGUUUCAGACUCCAAGUGCCAAAGAGUGGCAUGGCAUUUCUUCCUUGUUCACCUUUAACCCUAAAAAAGAUUACUACAGCAUGAUGCACAAAUAUGUCAGCAGCAAAACCAACACUGGCAGUAUUAGGUCUGUGGAGGGGGAUACAGUUCCUUGUUGCCUGGGGUUUGUGGAUGGUGCUGGUGGUAUUGACACACAAGGGUUAUAGUGAAAUAAUUGCUUAGCCCAUCAGGCUCCAUUACAAGAAGAUGUCUAACUGGUUAUUUCCUCCUUCCUCUUUUUUCAUCUUUCUCUUGUUUUGGGUAUUGGGGUGCGCUUAAAUGUAUGGUGUAUUUACAGCCUGACCAUAAUUAACCUCUGACUACUACUAAGACUUACCUGCUUACCUAGGCUUUGGCUGGCCACUAAUUCCCAGUGUGGAA